AUGGAGAAAAAAGAGGAUAAUGUCAUGCGGGAGAUUAAGGUCAACAAGUUGGUCCUAAAUAUUUGCGUGGGAGAGUCAGGAGAUAGGCUCACCAGAGCGGCCAGAGUGCUGGAACAACUGACGGAGCAGAAACCCAUUUUUGGAAAAUGCAGAUUCACCAUCAGAUCCUUUGGUGUCAGGAGGAACGAAAAAAUUUCUUGCUUCGUAACCGUGAGAGGAAAGAAGGCAUUGGAAAUUCUGGAGAAAGGACUAAAGGUGAAGGAGUAUGAAUUGAGAAGAAAAAAUUUUUCGGAAACUGGAAAUUUUGGCUUCGGUAUUCAGGAGCAUAUUGACUUAGGUAUAAAGUACGACCCAUCCACUGGUAUAUAUGGCAUGGACUUUUACGUGCACUUGUCGAGGCCAGGUUACAGAGUCACUAAGAGAAGGAGAAAGCGAUCGACUAUCUCCAAGACUCACAAGGUGACUAAGGACGAGGCGAUGAAGUGGUUCCAGGCGAAAUUCGACGGCAUUCUGCUUAAGUGA